AUGACGGACAUCGACAAGAGCCUCAUCUCACCGUUUAUAAAACAAUGUUUCGUGUGCGCGACGGUUUGUAUAAAUGUGCUUAGUAAUGGUUGCGCUUAUGGCUUCCCUGCGGUGCUGCUGCCGCAACUCAAACUUCCAGGAUCUCCUAUACCACUCACCAAGGCUCAGGAGUCAUGGAUAGCGUCAGUGGCAACAAUAGCGAUGUUGGUGGGCAAUUUCAGCAUGCCGGCGGUGAUGGACCGAUUGGGACGAAAAAAAGCACACUUUAUAGUCAUGAUACCCACCGCCAUUGGGUGGUUACUCAUCGUAUUUGCAACGAGUGUAGAGAGUUUAAUUCUAGCCCGUAUCAUGCACGGUCUAUCCCUCGGCCAAGUCGUUUUAAUUCGCGCCGUUAUCAUCGGAGAAUACACAAGCCCCAGAAACCGAGGCGCUUUCCUCACUUUGAUAUCCGUCGCCCAAUCGUCUGGAGUGUUCUUCGUCCACCUGCUGGGCUCCCUGGUCAGUUGGCAGAUCACCGCCGGCAUCAGCGUCCUCUUCACGAUACUCAGCUUUGUGAUGACCUUCAUCCUUCCAGAAUCGCCCAGCUGGCUCGCAAACAACGGGAGAUAUAACGAAUGCGAGAAGCAUUUCCGGUGGCUCAGAGGCGAUGGCGAAAACGAGGAAUUGAACGAAUUGAUCCAGGCCAGAAUAAAACACAACACCGAAAGAGCCGUGAAUAUUGGUGAGCUCAUUCGAAGUAUGGAGUUUUACAAGCCAAUAAUUAUCAGUCUGCACGUGUCGUUGAUAACAUAUUUCAGUGGAGCCAUGACCAUCGCGGUUUAUGGAACGACCAUCGUCUCAAACAUUAUGGGAUCGGAUGUCGAUGCACACUUCUGGCUGGUGUGUUUGGACGUGACCCGAAUCGUCACCAGUUUCCUCGCCGUGUACCUCGUCAGAACGUUCAAAAGGCGGACCGUGUUAUUCAAUUCCGUUGGCUUGUGUCUCUUGAUACACGUUUUGAUUGUCUCCUACGUGUGCGUCAGAAAUUACGUAUCGUUCGAUUACGUAGCGAUUCCGGCUUUGUUAUUAAUUCUGCAAUGCGUGGCUCUCUCCUCAGGGAUAUUGCCGAUGAAUAACGUGAUAGUCGGCGAAAUAUUUCCUUUGGCGCAUCGCAGUGUAGGAAUAAGCGUCACCACGGCAAUUGCGACCGGCUUCCAUUUUGCCGUUCUGAAGACAUUCCCUUACCUCCUGUCGGGGGUGGGGAUCGAGGGGGUGUACGGGAUCUACGCGAGUGUCAUUUGCUACGGGUUUUCUGUGAUAUGGUUCGCGAUGCCCGAGACCAAGGGACGGACUUUACAACAAAUUGAGGAUCGGUUCAAGGGAAUCCAAAGAGUCGUCCCUGAGAUGGAGAGUUUGAAUAACAACCAAAAGUGCUAA